UCCAUCUUCUUCGUCUCCGUCUGGGGCGAGUCGCGUGUCAAAUCUUCCCAUUAUCCGCGCGAUCCCUUAGCCAUCUACCAUGGCUCGCCUCCUCGCGCGAACCCUAACCCUAGGCCGCCCGGCCGCCCCGGGCUCCUCCCUGCAGCCCCACCGCGCCCUCUCAGACAAGGUGGAGCUGAUCGAGAUCGACCUCUCCGAGGAAUCCGCCUCCUCCACCUCCUCCGGGGACUCCGGGGAGGAGCCGAUGGGGAUGGGGCGCCUGAACGACGCCAUCCACGGCGUCCUGGUUCGGCGGGCCGCUCCGGAGUGGCUCCCCUUCGUGCCCGGGGGGUCGUACUGGGUGCCGCCGAUGCGGCGGCCGCUCGGGGUGUCCGAUCUCGUCGGCACCGUCGUCUACAACGCGAGGGCCGCCGUGGACGCGGCGGAGAUGACGAGGGCCACCAUGGUUAAGGCCGCGAUGACCAAGGAGGAGGCCAUGUGCUUCACCACGCAGCGGGGAUGGCCGUCAGAGGCCUAUUUCGUCCAAGGGAAAGUUUGGCAUCCAGUGAAGAAGUCAAGGAAAAAUGCUAAAACUGAUGAUGAGGAAAGCUAAUUUGUCCUUGCAAGUUUACCUGGGAUCCCCAGGUGGACACAGGAAGACUCAGCUCGGAGAAGUAAAACCCUGCUGAUGGCUGUACAUAUAGACGAUAUAGGUGUCUUAACAGACCCUAGCAACAAUAAUGAGCCGCCUCAUCACCCGUCUCUUCUUCGGUAGGUCAUGCGUGCUUAAGAUGAACAUGAUGAAUUUGUAUUACAACACAGCCUAGUGUCAUGUGCUCUUUGACUGCUCUCUGAGCUGAAGUUGUAUGAUGUACCAACUAUUCUUUGUGGAUUAUUUCUGCUUGUACGGGCACCCGUCGGCUCCUCGGCGUCAGUGGGUAAUGUUAAUACAGAUUUCUUACCGAA